UCUUCCAAACCGAAGCUGCUUCUCUUCUACACCUAAAUUCACAUCUUCGAAAUCAAGACCAUGUUUUCAGAAAUCAAAAUCUAUCUCUCAUCUCUCUCCCAAAACGUUAUCUUGUUCUUUUUUUUUUUCUUCUUUCUCUUCUAAACCUAAAUCGAGAUCUUCGAAUUGAAAUCAAGUUUUCAAUAAUCAAAAUUUAUCUCUUGGAAACCUGAAUAUCAUUAAUCAAAACUCAUAGAAAUCGUUUAGAUAUGAGAUUCGGGUUUUUCAUGGUUAGAAAAAUCAAAAACCAAUUUUUCAAUAAUUGCAACCCUAGAAAUCGUUUUCUUCUGUAAAAUCAAAUGACUCUGUAAGGUGAAGUUUACCACACUAGUGAUGAACUAAUGGAUCUUGCUUGCUUUGUGGUGAUAUGGUGUUAUAAAGAUACUGUUUGUAUGUGGUGUUGAUGAUUUUGCUGGUGAAAGUGGUACGAGUUAUUGCUUAAUGGAUCUGGUGAAAGGCAGGCUUACUGUCCAGGUAUGGCUUUGGUAUUUUGAUGUACAGGUUGUGUCCACACUAGCUGAAAUUCUUUGGGAACAGCAGCUAAAGACCAUACGUAUAUCUUCUACCGGGAGGACAUCUAAAGUUCAAAAACCUUCCAGUUUGCAAUCCAUGGAAUAUCUUCUUGCAUUCUUAGAUGGUACUGAUGCAAAGGAAAAUGAUUGCUUUGUCUAUGUUUUUAUUCACAAUAUUAAUGGACCUGGUUUGCGAGACAGUGAAUCACAACAUUAUCUUGCUCUGCUUGCAAACUGUUCCAAUAUUCGUGUGGUUGCAUCAAUAAAUCAUGUCAAUACAGUUCUAUAUAUAGGACGUAAGAUCUGGAAGACUAAAGCUUACGUUAACAGGACAUAUCGAGCAAGUCAGGGGCCUUGUCGUGAGCACACAACACACAUACAUGUUUUCUGCUGGUGA